CCGUUUUGGAGUCCGAAUAUUAAUUAAUGUUCACAUAUGUAUGUGUGUGUGUGUGUCAUCGUUCUUCUUGUGUUUCUCUGUGGAAUUAAGAUCAGCCAGCUUAGAUGGACACUGCAAGUGCAAGAGAAGAGCAGCGGCGUCAAGAACUAGAGAAGCUUCUCCGGAAAUGGAGUCCCCCGGAGGUUCCUGUUCACAGCAUUUACCAUAGAAAGAGCUUCUUCAGCUUCCGGCGAGAUCCAGGCUAUGAGAUCCAUAAACUGAAGAAGACAGUGCCGAUCCGCGGCGAAUACGUCGAGCUCCACUUACUCGACACGCAAGCCGUCCGGCAUCACAUGAUCAAGUACGAGUACCUCCAUUUCGGCCUGGUCCAAGUCGCCGUGAAGCCUCUCACCGCCGCCGGCUUGGACUGCUCUGUUCUCGUCUGCCUCCGUGACUGUCGCCUCCUCAAGUUUGGCCAGUCCCUUCUGGCGGUGGCUCAAGCUUCUCUCCGCCACGGACCCAUUUAUUUUGACUGCUAUCCAGACUAUCCGGUGGGGCUUUCGGACGCCGCGAAGCCCAUGACUUCGACUCUCAACAUCAAAAUUGAGAGUUCCCGGAAUGUCGAGCUGAGUUCAUCGGAUAUAGCCGUCGAGUACAGGGUUUACUAUCGAGUAGCCAACACUGCUUUUAUGGGCUCAAAGAAGUCCCUCUCCAUCGAGGAGACUACUUUCGUGGAGACCAAUCUGGUGGUCGGCGGCGGCCGUGCCGUUCCGAGGACUAUCCGGUGGGAUUCGUUUGAAGUGCCGGAAAGAUGGAUGGACAGAACAGAGCUCACCAGCAAUGGCGAUUGACACUAGUAUUUUUUGUAGUUUCCUGCGUGGUUUGAAUGUGGGCGUGUACUCUCUUGUUAACAACAUGGAAUCAGAGAGUGCAACGCAAUUACCAAAACAUAAUGAUUGGGUUGGCUCCUCCAAUUUAGUAGUUCCCAAGCUCAACUGAAGUACGUUCAGAGGGAGAGCUAACACUUUAUCCAAGAAAGUAAUUAAUUAAGCGACUACUUCUGUUCAAAUAAUCAAAAAAUAAUAAUAUUAAAAGGGGAGAAAGAGUACUCUUA